AAUUAUUUAAGUUUUAAUUCAUAGAAUUUGCUGGAAAUACGACGAUCUGUCAAAAGGCACCAGUUGAAAGAAAGAACCUAUCAUCUGUCUGUCACACUUACGAAAGCUUGGUCAUCCGUUUUAAUGGAAAAAUAAUGCCCGUAAAAGUUGAUAUAACUCCACCGCCUCCAGCAAAUUCCAAGCAGCCUGGAGUAACCAAGUCCUUGCUAUAUAACGGAUCUAAAUUUCAAGGGCACCAGAAAAGCAAAGGUAACUCUUAUGAGGUCGAAGUGGUUUUGCAGCAUGUAGAUGAAGAAAAUUCUUACCUUUGCGGGUAUUUAAAAAUUAAAGGUUUAACAGAGGAAUUUCCCACAUUGACAACAUUUUUUGAUGGUGAAAUUAUAUCUGCUAAAUACCCAUUCCUGACAAGAAAGUGGGAUGCUGAUGAAGAUGUUGAUAGAAAACAUUGGAGCAAAUUUGAUUUGUUUGUACCCUACUUAAAGACAUUCAAUUCUGAUUCGUUUGAUUAUGACUCUCUCGAAAAGGCUGACUAUGUGUUUAUGAGGUGGAAAGAACACUUUUUAGUGCCAGAUCAUACAAUAAAGGAUAUAAAUGGUGCUUCAUUCGCUGGUUUUUACUAUAUAUGCUUCCAUAAGUCUGCAGCUACAAUAGAAGGCUAUUAUUACCAUCGAAGUUCUGAAUGGUAUCAAUCUUUGACAUUAAGCCAUGUACCGGAACACAGCAUCCAAAUUUAUGAGUUUAGAUGAAAUCACCAUGUGAAAACUUAAAAAUUUGGAUUGGUAUUUUUGUGUCCGCUAGUACUUACUUGUUCAUUAAGUGUUAACUUCAGUCAGUAUCCAAAAUGUGUAAAGGUUGACAAUGUUGUAUAAAAUCCAGUAAUUUAAGAUAAGAUGCCUGGUCUAAAAUAAAA